AUGGUAGUAGACACUACGUACUACGAGUUAUUGGGUAUUGAAGCCACUGCUACGUCAUUGGAAAUCAAAAAGGCGUAUCGUAAAGCUGCAAUCCGACUUCAUCCUGAUAAAAACCCGGAUGACCCUCAAGCAGCUGCCAGGUUUCAAGAAGUAGGAGAGGCGUACCAGGUUUUAAGCGAUGUUAAGUUAAGAGAAAAGUAUGACAAGUUUGGGAAACAGGAUCUGAUUCCAAAGGAAGGGUUUGAAGAUCCUCAGGAGUUUUUCUCCAUGAUAUUCGGGGGUGAAGCCUUUAAUGAUUGGAUUGGUGAACUCUCAUUAUUAAGUGAAUUGUUUAAAUCUGCAGAAUUACAUGGAUAUGGUGAUGAUGAGAAGGAUGAAAAGAAAGACACCGAUAAUAAUGAGGGUACCACUGAAACUACUACUACCACAGAAACUACUACCACUACCAUAGAAACUAAUACUACAACCACAGAGACUGGAACAUCAACUGGAACAUCUGCAGGCGGCUACUCACCAAAACCUACUACGAAUGGCGAUUUUGCUUCUGCAUCAGUUUCUGCUAGUAAUACUUCUGAUGUGUCUUCAUCUGUUGACGCAAAGGUACAAUUUGGAGGCAUGCUACUUACGGACUCUUCAACUGCUUCUGGUGGUGAGCCCCACCAAUUAACCGAGAAGGAAAAGCAAGAUUUGGAAGAAAAGAAGAGACAAGAAGAGAUCAAUAAAUGGGAGGAAGAAUGUAAGUUAAAGAAGUUAGAGACUCGUAAGGAUUUGGUCAAGAAACUUAUUGACAAACUUUCUCUCUACACAGAAACUGACAUGAAAGAAGAUGUUGCUCAUUCAUUCAAAGAGAAAAUUAGAUAUGAAGCAGAGUCAUUAAAGAUGGAGAGUUUUGGUUUGGAGAUAUUACACACGAUUGGAUCUGUUUAUAAGACUAAACUGAAGAUUUUCUUGAAGAACCAAACCUUCUUUGGAUGGGGGGGAUUAUGGUGGACUGUUAAGGAGAAGGGUGGAGUUGUUAAGGAUACAUUCAAUACUGUUAGGGCAGCUUUGGAUGCUCAGAGUACUGCACAAGCAUUUGCUCAAAUGCAAGAAGAUAAUGAGUACCAUGCUAAGAAGGAUGCUGAAACAACAACCACCGAAGGGGGGGAUCCAGCGGAGAGAGCAUCAGAGGCGGCCAGAAGUGAAGCCAAUGAAGAAAUCAAUGAGCUUGGCAAGAAAAUCAACGAAUUGGAACAGGAGAGAGAAAAGGCUAAACAGAAGGGAAGUAAAGAUGUAAAGGAACCUCAAAGGCAUGCACCUGAAGAGUUGGCAGAAAUGGAAAAGUAUUUAAUGGGUAAAGUAUUAGCUGCUGCUUGGAAUGGAUCCAAGUUUGAGAUUGCUGGUACUGUACGUGCUGUUUGUGAUGAUAUAUUGGAUGAUCCAGAUGUUCCAUUACUGAAACGUGAAGCCAGAGCCAGAGCUUUAAGACUUAUAGGAGAGGUGUUUGUUUCUGUGACCAGAACAGAAGCUGAAGACGAAGAAGCAAGAGUGUUUGAGCAACUUGUUGCGGAAGCCAGUAAGAAGCGAGAACACAAGCAUAAGCCUGAAAAGCAAGCUGAUGCCUCCCCCUCCUCCUCCCAUCCUUCAGCAGAGUAA